CGCUACCUCUGUUGUUGAUCCCCCUCCACAGCUUCAGUGGAGGUGGAAUUUCCAUACAACCAUCUGAGCGCAGGACAGCCCGCGAGUGCAACCCGACACUUCUGCAGCCAGCCUGCCGACGGCGGGGACUGAACCCGGGAGUCCUGGAAGCGUCUCUUUGUGACUGACCUGCGUCCCGCAAAGUGUCCCCGGUCUCUGACCCUGCUCCCCUGUGAUGGACCUGGAGCAUAAAAGGACAUUUGGCGUCUCGGUUUUACUGGCCUGUGUGAUAAUCUGCAGUAAUGUGCCACAUCCCGUCGGCGCGUAUCAGUACAACAACCGCUACGCAGGCGACCAGGUCUUCAGGAUUACCCUGACUAACGACACAGAGGUACAAGCCCUCAAGAAAAUCUUGGGACUGAUUAAGGUGGACUUGUGGCAACCGAACAGUGCUUCUCUAAUCCAUCGCAAUGCCACAGUGGAUGUUCAUGUGAAGCAAAAUGACACACAUCAUCUGCGUGCUCGGCUAAAGCUGGAAAGAAUCAAGUAUCGGAUGCUCAUCUCCGAUCUGCAGAAAGAAAUUGAAAAGCAGACAGGAUAUCGCUCCUCCCGUAAGCGGAGGUCAGAGUCUCAGUACGACUACGAGGUUUACCACUCGCUGGAGGAGAUUCAGAACUGGAUGUUUGAAAUGAACAGAAGUCGCCCUGAGCUGGUUUCUAUGUUGUCUCUGGGGAAGUCAUAUGAGGGGAGACCGCUUUUUGUGCUUCAGCUAGGAAAGAAAAGCCGUCUGCAAAAGAAAUCCGUGUGGAUUGACUGCGGCGUUCACGCCAGAGAGUGGAUUGGACCUGCUUUCUGCCAGUGGUUUGUCAAAGAGGCACUGAGCUCAUACAAGUAUGAUUCUGUGAUGACACGACUACUCAACCAUCUUGAUUUCUUCAUCAUGCCCGUCUUCAAUGUGGAUGGGUAUCACUUCAGCUGGAACACGGAUCGGUUCUGGAGGAAGACGCGUUCCAAAAAUCACAAGUUCCUCUGCAGGGGUGUGGAUGCCAACAGAAACUGGAAGGUGAAAUGGUGCAGUGAGGGCGCUUCCUCCCAUCCGUGUGAUGACACCUACUGUGGCCCUUUCCCCGAAUCUGAACCUGAAGUCAAAGCAGUUGCCAAGUUUCUACGGAAGCACAAGAAACGCAUAAAGGCGUACAUCUCCAUCCACGCCUAUGCGCAGAUGCUCCUUUAUCCGUACUCCUACAAAUAUGCCCCAAUUCCCAACUUUAACUGUGUGGAGUCAGCAGCUCAGAAUGCAGUGACAGCACUAUAUUCUGCAUAUGGAGUGAGGUACAGAUAUGGACCUGCUGCCACAACAUUAUAUAUUAGCUCUGGCAGCUCUAUUGACUAUGCCUACAGGAAUGGGAUUCCCUAUGCUUUUGCAUUUGAACUGAGGGAUACGGGUCAUUUUGGUUUCCUCCUGCCAGAAUCAUUGAUCAAACCCACCUGCACUGAGACCUUGAAAGCUGUGAAAGUCAUUGCAUCGGGUCUGCUGAAGAAGUGCAACACAGACAAGAACAAAUUUUCAUAUAUAUGAUUAUUGUAAAAUUUUCUACCACAAGUUAUUGGAGAUCUCAAAGACAUGAUACAAGUUUAUAUCAUCGAUUUGUUUUUAUUAUUUUUACAUUUAAGAAAUGAUUGUGGUGGCCUUAGAGUCCCUGCAUAUAAAGUUAUUUUUCUCAGUAAAAUAGUAGGGAUGUGAGCACUUGACGAGCUGUGGUGGCACUUUAAGAAUAAAAUAAUAAGCAAUCUUUUAUAUUAAAAAAAAUAAACAACUUGUUUAAUAAUUCUA